AUGAGCGAAUCCGGAGAUGAUAGACCACCACCAGAUGUUGGAGGGGAGGACCGACCUUCAGAGAAUGAAGACCAAAUUAAUGACCUAGAUGAUGACUUUGCCGAUCCUUCCUCCAAACAUGCCGCAGAUGCCGACUCUGACGACGAAUCUUUACUUUCCGAAGUCGAUGAAGCCCAAUUUGCCGACUUUGAUGCUUCCGCUGUGCAGGUCGCGCCUGACUUUGACGCGCUCAAAAGCAUCAAAGUGAGCAAGAGGAAACGACCCGAGGGAGAAGAAUUGCCUAAGAAAAAGAAAUUAAACACGCGAGAAAAGGUCAGGAAGAACAAGCGAAGACAUGAUAGCGAUGAUGGCUUUUCGGGGGGCGAACAGGUCGAGGGCAAAAGACGAAGAGCGAAGAAUGGCGCAGAUGGCGAGAGGAAGGCUCGACCUGUACGAGCUGAAAUCAACGAUGAAGAUCUUACACCCGAUGAGCGCAGAAGACGCGCGCUUGAUCGGGCCAUGGAUAUGGCAGUCAAGAAGUCGUCUGGGAAGAGGAUCAAGAAGGACGAGAUUGAUCUUGAGAAAAUGGCCGAUCAGGAAAUCGACGAUAUGCGAAACCGCAUGAUUGCGGCCGCUGAAGCUGACGGGGAACUCGUACGACAAGGCCUCCCUGCUUCUCAGAAGCUCAAGAUGCUACCCGAAGUACUGUCGUUGCUGAAUCGAAACACCUACGUGCAGUCCAUUCUGGAUCCAGAGACCAAUCUUUUGGAAGCGGUUCGAUUUUUCCUGGAGCCGCUGACGGAUGGCAGUCUUCCAGCCUACAACAUUCAACGUGAACUACUUGCAUCACUUGCGAAACUUCCGAUGAACAAAGAGACCUUGAUAUCCUCUGGGAUCGGUAAGGUGAUCUUGUUCUACCGGAAAUCGAGGCGCACCGAGCCAGCAAUCAAACGGCAGGCUACCAAGCUGAUGGAGGAGUGGUCAAGACCAAUCUUGGAUCGAAGUGAUGACUAUACGAAGAAGACAUGGGCCAAAGCAACUUAUGAUCCCCUCAAAAAGCGAGAUGAUCUACAAGCGGCAGCAGUGCUGGUUCCCAAGUCGAAGGGCAAUGUGGCGCCAGGACAUAGGCCAUCCAAUCGAGCAAGACUCCUACCUGGAGCGACCAGCUACACCAUUGUUCCAGAAGUUUCGACAAUCGUCCGACGCUAA